CACCCUAUAUAUAUAGAAAAGACGGCCGAUCGAACAGCCAUUCGUGUUUUCUCAUCCAAUUUCACUCAUUCCGUUUUAGUACUUUCAUAACGAUACGAAAUAUGGAGCACAAAGUAGUGAUAUUUUUGGUAACGCUACUGGUUAUUGCACAGACUGCAUUGACCGGUGCUAAUUACCAGAAUGAUAUCACAGUACAGCCAGGACCAGUCGAAGUUAAGCAAGGACAGAACAUCAGGCUGUGGUGCAAACUGAAAUACGACCCUAAUAAAGUAGUGCCGGUAGUCUGGCAUACGCCGCCAAAUUUCAAAACAAGAGCCAAUGAUUGUACUUCUUUCGUAAAGGAUAAAUAUAUCAUGUCAUGUUUAGACACUGAUGACCCUUUUGGAUAUUAUAAUAUGACAAUAAUGGAUGUCCAAUGGGCCGAUAAUGGGGUAUAUCGGUGUCUGUACACCAAACAUAUGGACAUUGUGGAUUUACAAGUUUUGGUUCCGGUAACAGAUGUGACACUAGAAAAAGACGUCAAAAGCUCUGCUGCAGAGCCCCAUCGCUUGUAUGAGUACUUUACCUGCACAACAAACUGUGCAUUUCCAGCACCCAAGAUUUCAUGGCGUGUAAAUGACCAACCGUUUAAUGCCAACGCAACGGUCAAAGAGUUAGGCUGCUCAGGGGCCAAGGAGAGCCUAAAACGGACUGAGAGCAGAGUGAGUGUAAUGAGCGCAGGUAUGGAUAUGGAGAGAACAGAAUAUUACAUCUCUUGUACGGCAGAAAACGUUUUUGGAGAGCCAAAUGUUUCAAAGGCAAUAACUGUCAAUAAUGUUGCAUUGACCGGUGCUAAUUACCAGAAUGAUAUCACAGUACAGCCAGGACCAGUCGAAGUGAAGCAAGGACAGAACAUCAGUCUGUGGUGUAAACUGAAAUAUGACCCUCAUAAAGUAGUGCCGGUAAACUGGCAUUCGCCGCCAAAUUUCAAGACAAGAACAAAGGAGUGUUCUUCUUUUGCAAACGAUAAAUAUAUCAUGUCAUGUUCAGACGCCAGAUACUCUUUUAGGUAUUAUAAUAUGACAAUAAUGGAUGUACAAUGGGCCGAUAAUGGGGAAUAUCGGUGUAUGUAUAUCAACCAUAUGGGCAUUGUGGAUUUAAAAGUUCGGGUUCCGGUUACAGAUGUGACACUAGAAAAAGAUGUCAAAAGCUCUGCUGCAGAGCCCCAGCGCUUGCAUGAGUACUUUACCUGCACAACAAACUGUGCAUUUCCAGCACCCAAGAUUUCAUGGCUUGUAAAUGACCAACACUUUAAUGGCAAAACAACGGUCAGAGAGUUGGGCUGCUCAGGGGCCAGGGAGGGCCAGAAACAGACUAUGAGCACAGUGUUAGUAAUGAGCACAGACAUGGAUAAGGAGAGGAAAGAAUAUAACAUUAAGUGUACGGCAGAAAACGUUGUUGGAGAGCCAAACGUUUCAGAGGCAAUGGCUGUCAAUAAUGAUGUAUUUCGGCCGGUAACUCCCAGUCCACCUCAGUCCAUUACGGCUAAAGCUUUUUGGCCAAUAGUGGCAACGGCACUAUUUCUAUUGCUUGUCACAGCAAUCAGUAUCGCCUUCAUUGCCGUGUACGAAAGACAUCGUCGACAGUUUAAUAGAGAUGAUUCAUCAAGGGAAGCCCGGUUCAAUGAACAUUCGGCUCCUCCAAAAUAUGAGAAGAAUGAUGGGAUCAAAUACCAUAAAGUUUCGACAUCUGCGCAUGAUUUUCACAACGCUCAUAAUGAAGAGGAUGAUUCAUCAAGGGAAGUCCGGUUCAAUGAACAUUCGGCUCCUCCAAAAUAUGAGAAGAAUGAUGGGAUCAAAUACCAUAAUGUUUCGACACCUGCGUAUGAUUUUCACAACGCUUAUAAUGAAGAGCGUUUGCUGAGUGCUCCGACGUCACUAGAAAAUGGUGAUGGCUUUGGGAGAACCAUCGUGCCCAGAUUCUUUUAACCCAACGGACAUGAAGGCGACCUGACGUAACCGCGCCUGUACAAAAUAACAAGACGCUUAAAAGUAUGUUUCAACCACUCUCAGCACCAAUAACUACUCGCUAACCUUGUCUGUCAGUUGCCAUCCGUCCAUGAUCCACCGAAUUGGCAGUGUACACAUAUCACCAAUCUGGGAUCAUUGUCAAUUACGUAUUACUGUCGAUAUCAAGAUCAUUUGUCAUCUCCUUCGUUGAUACUAAUCAUAGCGUUUUUUUCUGCACUUAGUUCGAUCACUGUGAUUUGGGAUGUUAGCAACUUGUCUCACAGAGCUUUGUUUAGGAACUAAAAGGCGAGAGUCUCGCCUGAAGAUUUUUGUGAAUCCAUACACUAUCAAUAAUAUCAUUGGCACAAUAUUUGCCAUGUUUUGCCUUUUGUAUGAGUUGCACGCUCAAACUCGACUUUUCUCUGAUGUAUCAAUCAUGGUCAAAAUCGAUCAACGUCUAUCUUUUUUUGAUCUGAAAAUUAGAGCUUGCUUGACAUGUUUGAUCAAUGCAGUGUGGGGUAUUUAUUUUACCAAGUUGAAGUAAAUGGUGAUUUGUAUUUAUCCAUUGUAUCACAUAAACCUAUAAUGUAUUCAUACUUUUAUAGAGGCACUGAAUUGUGCUGCUUUCAAUGUUCAUUUUAUUUCAUUAUGUGGACCGGCUGGGAGUUAUGUAACAACUAAAGGCCCACAGCGCGGUAAGGUCCAGGCAAGUGGGCGUGAACCUAUAUGUGUAUGUUCAUUUGUAUUUAUCUGUGUUUUGUAGUUUCAUAUUCAUGCCUGAUAAACCAUAGAUUGUACGAUCAGCAAUUGUCAUACUGUAAUGACGAUAAUGUACAUUUUGCAUAGGCAUGUAGGUAUCCCAGUGCGCUAAAGAUUGAUGGGGGUCAGAUGGGAUGACAUAUUCCUUGGAGAUAAAGGGUGUGUCGCUCAGUAGCUGAAUUUUAGAAAGAUGGUAGGCCUUGUUUGACCCUACAUGUAUAUACAUAUGCGAAGGUAGUUGGGUAGGAGUUUGUGUUUUUCAUUAGCCGCCUGCCUCCCCAUAGUUUGGCGAGUUUUUGAAUAUAUUAGUACCAUAUGUCAAGGUGUCUCGCUUUUCGGGGAUAUAAGUCUACUUUUGACCACUCUGCAGUAAUGUGGCAAUUGCAUCGUCACAUGAUAUCCAAGUUUCAUUUAAUUUUAGAAGGUUAUUGGUUAACUGUGACAUACAGUAUGGGAAUUUAAAGGCAAUGACGGCUUCAGAUCAUGAUUUCUGUGAUAUUGGUAAACUUGAUAAGUAUUUGGACAUUCAAUUAUUCAAGAGUCGACCCAUGGACCGAUCUAACUCUGGCAAAUGUAAGGUUGAUCAUGGUCACCACCUUUAAUAGAGCCGAAAUAAAUAUACAAUACACCGAUAAUAAAACAGGACACAAUGCUAUUUUAGCCUGAAAAGAAAGAGCACUUUGAUUCGCUCAGGUCCACUUAAUUAGGCUCAUUUAAGUUUUAAAGAGACCAAAAUGAACAAAUAAAGGAAACGUUCCAUGCUGCACCAUGCAAAACUUAAAUGAACCAAACCGAAUGGGACUAUGUGAAUAAUAUUAUAUUUUAUUCCAUAAACAUACUUGACCGAAUUCUGCAAUGAGUAUUAUAUAUUGUACAUUUGAUCUAUCAGUUCAGGUUUAAAACGUUUAUUUGGCUCGUUUAGUUUGGCUUGUUUCAUUCGGCUCGUUUCAACAUUUACAUACUACCAACAUUAGCCUAACACUGACUGUUCAUAUACACAGUAUGUUUAGGGUUAAGAAGUUGGGUCAUUGUUUUAUGCAAACUCGCCUUAGGUGCACGGUUAUCAGAUUGUAAGACAACGAAGUUAUUAAAGCGAGCUAAAGGUAGAUGGGAGUCAUGGAUUGGGUGGAUCUAUGUUGGAGAUUAGGUGGUAUAGUCCGGGGUAUAGUUGAAUUUUAGGGAUAUUAUUUUGGUCCUUUUCGGCCUUAUGCUUAGAUAUUUGAGCAUGACUUGGUUUUAGUACCUAGUUGAAUGACAUUUGGAACGUCAGUAUCAUUUUUAGCUCAGCUGACAAAGUCAGCGGAGCUGGUCAAAUAGCUAUUCGUGUGGUGUCCGUUCUUCCAUAUAUCCAUCCAUCUGUAGACAAAUUGGGCAUUUUGUAACCGUAAGACAUAGGCACUUCAAGUCUGGCUUACACAAUAAACAUCGUAUGCUGCAGACAACUAACUUCAGAAACUUUUUCGCGUUUUCGACUUAAAUUCUCCUCACCAGAGGGCCAUAGGCGUAAAUUAUAAAGACAUUUUUUGUCACUUUACUCUAAUAGAUAGAGGCUUGAAAUAAAGUUUAGGAAUUAUGUAUACAUGUAGGUUUUAAUAUGAAAUUGGAUUAGUUUUGAUUGAUUCUACCAGUUGACGUUACUGAGCAAAAUCUCUGUGGACCUAGUUAACUUGAUUUGAAUUUCCCGCUCUGUUUUAACUCCGAAGGUUGUGGGUUUGAUCCCACCUCAGGGUAACCUUUUUUCCAUUUUUCCUUUUUCAUAUUUUUUUCUACUUUUUUUUAAUUUGGCAGACGGCCAUCUUGGAAAUCAUAUUUUGCCAGUUUAAAGCCUUUUGAUGUAGCUAGAGUGACUAAAUGGUGGGCGUAUCUGAAAGUCUCCAGUAUACCUAUCAUUUUCGAUUUGACCGACUCUUCAUGGUUAUAGGGCUCAAGCUCUUAAAUUUCACUAAUAAGUAGUGCGUUUUGGCAUUAUUUGUCAAAGAGUCUGUUUACUUUGGUAUAUAUGCGUGAUAUAGGCAAUCAAUAUUUUAGCAAAAUUGAGGCUGAAAAAGACCUACCAGGUGCUUUCCAUGUUUUGUACAUUGUACCCAUGUAUUUCAGCUGAGCACCAGUGCCUUGGGCCUCUUGUUGGUCAGAUAUGAAGACUUUGAUUUAGAUUUACAUAAACUCUAUCUCUAGCCCCUUUGUUGUAAGGCGGCAAUUGCAUCGUCUCAUAAUUGACCAACCUUAUUGACAGGAUAUUCCUAUUGGAAUAUUUGCAGAAUUGGCUGGAGCAAUGAGGUUUGCCAAGUCUCUCAUGGGAGGUAGCCAAAUCCUAAAAUUGAAGGCUCCUAGAGACAAUGCUUGGGCGACUAAGCAUGAGAUGACUAUUGUAGCCUAAUCCUCCCCUUGACAGAAUGUAAGCACAGCUCAGCAUGAGAGGUAGUCCAAUCCUCUUAGAAAUAAGUCUUGGUUCCACUACAGGGUUUAGAUCCGUUUCUAUCGCAUCCGCAUCAGGUCCGAACUUAGCUUAGUCCGGACUAACGAAUGUUACGUUAUGGGGAGGCUAUCUAAUGAGGCGCUUGUGAUUGCAGGCCUCGGGUGUGAGCCUGUUGGAGCCGAGUCUAGGUAAAAAGGCUACAGGUAAAAAAAAGGUUACCUGUCUUAUUAGUUGACCGUCUCUUAAGUUGUGUGUUUGGUUGUGACUCUGUAUGAUCAGUUGACCGGCUGUAAGGCCGUCGCUUGAGUUGACUGGUUGGUUUGGACUCGGCAGGUAAAAAAACCCUUUUUACCUGUAGCCUUUUUUUCUUGGGCUUCUUUACCAUAUAAUAGUCAUUUUUACUGGCCCAUCCAAUGGUUUGGGCUUUGUUCACGAGUGCGCUUUGCGAAGGGUUGAUAAUGCAGCAAUUAUGAUUGGGUCAUCUUAAGAAAGGUAUCAAAAUUGUGUGGUGUUUUGGUCGGAGUUAUGAUGCUGUAGUUAUGCGGGGUGUAAAUAAUUAUUGUAAACAGCUUUCUUGUACAUCAUUGUUUUUGCUCAGUUUAUAAUAAUAAAACUUACAAAUA